CUGCAAUUGAGAUAACAUCCCGGAAUAAUUCAUUCAGGUGUUAUAUUAUCUACAGUAUCCAUUUGGUGAUAUUUUGCUAGUAAUACUCCUACUACUAUGGACGCACACCCAUCUACACCCCUACCCUGACCUCAUCCAAGCACCAACCAAAUAGUUCCUACAUCCAAACUACAUACAUCGACGAAAUGAAUCCCCUGCUCCCUCUCCGAGCGUGUCGCACAAAAGCACCGCUCCUUCUAGCCCCUAAACCACUCCCCCUUUCUAUUCGAACCAUCUCAUCAACCCCCAUCAAAGACAACUACCCCAUCACCAAAACCCCCGGCACCCAACUCUCCGGCCGAACGUGCCUGAUCACCGGCGGGUCCUCAGGAAUCGGCUACGCCAUCGCCGAGCGGUUCCUGCACGAAGGCGCCGAAAAGGUCAUCGUCGUGGGACGGUCAUUUGAACGCCUUGCGCAUGCCGCGACACGUCUGCAGAGAGCGACGGCGGCGGACGAGAGCGUGACUCUUCCGGACGGGGAGGUCGCUGCUCGCGCUCUAGAGGAGAAGGAUGGUCUGCGGAGCCCGGACGAUCAAAACCAGGACCAGGCCAUCGACCGACCCCCGGGAUCGCUGGUCCCGGCGUCCGAGCGCAUCAGUCUCCUAGUCGGCGAUGUAUCGGAGGCGAGCGAGUGGAAUCGCGAAUUAGAGAAGGCGAUGCAAAACGUAGACAUCCUGGUCAACGCAGCGGGGAUCUCCCUCUCCAACAUCCUCGCGAAGCAGGAACCAGCGGAUAUCUCACGCACGCUGCGCACGAACCUCGAAGGCGCGAUGCUAACGUCGCGAGCGCUACUCCGCGCCUCGAUCCGCAGCAGACUCAGGAACCGGGGUCAAGAGCGGGCGGGCGGCCCAGUCUCGAAAUGCAUUAUCAACAUCUCGUCGUUGCUGGCGGUUAAGGGCGGGACGGGGGCGGUGCCGUACGCGGCAUCCAAGGCGGGAUUGCUGGGGUUGACGAGGUCGUUGAGCGUGGAGGCUGCGAGCUCGUUGAGGGAUGUGGUAGUGCGGUCGAAUGCUAUCGUGCCGGGGUAUAUCGAGACGCCGAUGAUUGCGGACUUUAGUGCGGGUGAGACUGGCCGGUUGAAAGAAACUAUUCCGUUGCGGAGGUUUGGCAAGCCUGAAGAGAUAGCAGAUGCAGCGGUGUUUCUGGCGCGCAACGAGUAUGCCAACAAUUGCGUGCUGAAUCUAGAUGGAGGGUUGAGCGCUGUGUAAUAUGAUGAUGGUGGGUUGCAUAAUAUCAAAUCAGAUAGCAAAUUCUAUUCUGAGCAGACUUCGUGUUCAUGAUGUAUGUUACAAGAAAGAUAGAACAAUAAUAAUAGAAAAAGAAGAGCGAGAGAAUAACCCAACG